ACACAGCUACAUGUAACGUUUUGUGAAGGACAUGAGUCUGGUGAUUUGACAACCCGCAAGCGUUGGAAUUUCGUGCCUCAAUUUAACUCUCCGGUGACAUAGUGGAAGAGGAAGAUCUCGUGAAUAAAGAUUUGGAACCUUCCUAAAUGAGUGACACUGUGAAUGUGAAACAAUUGGACAAUAAUGUAUAAGGUAGUUGGUAGGCAUUCUUGCUUGUGUAGCAGGCAGAUGCGUGAUUUUAUGCAAAGCAAAUAUUUAUUCUUUCAUAACUUGUUAACCAGUCCAUCAAGAUUGUGCAUAAUAAACAAAGAAAAGACUGUAAACAAUAUAGGUGGGAUAAAUACAGGAUUGUAUGGUCAGUUGCCAUGCUUAUAUACAGUAGAAAGGAUUCACACCACAGUUAUCUGUACAGCUGGACACAACCGCUGGUCAAACAUCAAACACAUCAAGGGACGCACGGACCAUAAACGAUCAACAUUAUAUUCCAGCCAUAUCCGGAUUAUUACAGGAGUAGCCCAUAGCACAAAAGAAAUGGAUCCAAAAUUUAAUCCAGAUCUUUCUCGAUGUUUGGGAGCUGCUAAGGCAGCAGGAGUUCCACAGGAUGUGUUGAAUAGAUUACUGGACAAAUUAAAACGUUCAGAUCUCAAACCUUACCUCUUAGAAGUGGAGGGCAGUGAUGGUAUUGCGGUACUGUUACAUUGUAUGGUGUUAAAUGACCAUGAAACAUUGCAAAUAAAUGGACCACUCAAGAAGAAAGGGUACAAUGUUGGUCGCAAUGUUAAUGUGGCCUACAAGUUUGACCAUAAAGGAGUCAUCACAGUGCCACCUAUUAAACAGGAGGAGAUAAAUCUUGAUGAUUACUUAGAGAUUGGACUUGAAGCAGGGGCAGAAGAUGUUACAUUGGAAACUGAUGAGGAUGAAAAACACUUUAUACAGUAUAUUUGUUCACCAGAUGAAAUGAGCAGUGUUGUGAGUAAGAUGAAGAAACUAGGUUUGAGUGGAAUGCAGUGCCAGAAAGUGUAUAGUCCUAUUUACCCUGUGAUGGUGAACCAGGAGACUGCUGAAAAAAUACACUCUGUCUUUGACCAGAUGAUGGCUAGGUUUGAUUUCAUACAAGAUGUGACAUUUAAUUUUGAAGUUUCAGAUGAAAAUGAAUAAAGUAUUUUUUUAUUUAU